GAACCAGAGGACGCGUUGGAAACGGGAGCUAUGGUUGUUAAGAGAUCGGAAAAGAGCUUAACGUGUCAAUUAAAGUGACGAACUCUUUGAUUAAAGUAGUCAGUGGACAACUUUCCGUACCGAAUACCGUAAUACAAAGUUAACGAGACUGGGUACCGAAUACCCUAAUACAAUGUUAACGAAGCAUGCGUGAACUAGCAGCCACAGCUAACUCCUCCACAAAGCGGUGCUACAUACCGCUAGCUGCUGGAGCUACAUACCGCUAGCUGCUGGAGCUACAUACCGCUAGUUGCUGAGGCUACAUACCGCUAGUUGCUGAGGCUACAUACCGCUAGCUGCUGAGGCUACAUACCGCUGGCUGGGGCUACAUACCGCUAGCUGCUGGAGAAACAUACAGCUAGCUGCUGGAGAAACAUACAGUUAGCUGCUGGAGCUACAUACAGCUAGCUACAGGAGAAACAUACGGCUAGCUGCUGGAGAAACAUACAGCUAGCUGCUGGAGCUACAUACAGCUAGCUACUGGAGAAACAUACGGCUAGCUGCUGGAGAAACAUACGGCUAGCUCCUGGAGCUACAUACGGCUAGCUGCUAGAGCCAGACAUUUUUAUCACAGUGUUGCUCUAAACUGGCACAAACUGCGGUCGUAAUGUGACUAUUUCUUUUUUACCAAUUUCCCCGACUAACCGCCUCGUGUGUCGAGUAAACCAGCCUUGUCAACUCGACCCGCCGAACACGAUCAUGACCAGUACCGUGCUGGAAGUCGGCACGGGCGUGUUCGUCAUCGCGCUCGUCUGGAUCGCGGCGCUUGUGUGUGGGACGAUGCUGCUGAGAGCGUCUGGAUCCGCGAAGCUAGGAGUUAUCCCCGUUUUCCUCCUGGCUCUCACCAUCACUCUGGCACUGGUGUUCUUCCCUCGCAGCCCAGAGACAACUCCCCCUUUCAAGGAGAUAGAGAUAGUGGACACUUUCUUCAUCGGCCGCUACGUGCUGCUGGCUGUGGUGAGCGCCGUCUUUCUGCUGACCUUCUUCAUGCUGCUGCCCUUCCACUUCCUGGAGCCGGUCUAUGCCAAGGCCUUAAGAACCCACUAGUUCCCGCCAGGGUCACGGUUGGCACCGGGAUCACAAUCGCUGAUUGUAUACAACUAAAGACAAACGGGGGCCAGGCGAGGGAAGCAACUACAGAAUGCAUCCCAAACAGAAACAGCAGGAGAGCGAGGGUCUUCUACGGGGUCUCAGUAACAGUGUUUAUUUUUAUAUUUUGUAUCAUUUCAUAAAUAGUUUGUAUUUGAUGUGUAUAAAGCAAAAGACUUCCUAGUCCUAUCAUGGAGUGACUCAUGUAUAAACUCUAAACACGUCAACUGGACCGACCGAUGUACAGUAAAUGUAUUUAUUUAAUUUUAACAAGCGCAUGUGAAUGCCAAUAAAUGCAUAGCUUCACCUCAGUAACUAA